AUGUUCUCUCAGAAGGUUGCCCAGCAGUCGCUGCGACGGCUUGCCGUCCAGCAGCCCUACGCCAUGCGGUGGUCCAUGAUGAACUCCGCCUCCCCCGCCGCCAUCGCCCUUGGAAAGAACAUUCAGACGAGGCACGCUGCCUCCACCACGAACACCUCCGACCCUACCAAGAUCCUUGAGCAGCAGCGGUUGAACCGUCCCGUCGCCCCUCACCUUACCAUCUAUCGUCCUCAGAUCACCUGGUACGCCAGUGCUUUCAACCGUGUCACCGGUGUUGCUCUGUCGGGAGGCCUGUACCUUUUCGCGACCGCCUAUCUCGCUGCCCCGUUGCUUGGAUGGCACUUGGAAUCGCCUUCCUUGGUCGCCGCUUUCGCUGCUCUUCCCAUCGCCGCCAAGGUCGCCCUCAAGGGCACGGUGGCUUUCCCCUUUGCCUUCCACUGCAUGAACGGCGUCCGUCACUUGGUCUGGGAUCUGGGUCGCGGAAUCACCAACCAACAGGUCAUCCGGUCCGGCUGGACCGUGGUCGGCUUGAGUGUUGCUAGCGCUCUUUUCCUUGCUUUUUACUGAUUUUCCUGUGCCAUACCUUUGAGUUCUGUUUUUCUUCCUUCUUAAAACCAUGUUCUUUGUGCAAUAUUAUCUCCAUACCGGUCAAUCAAGGCUGCAUUUCUUUUUGGACUGAUCGCCAUUUUGCCUUUGCGCUUUGAACAAUAUUCUGUCAGAAUCCUGGCAUGUCCCCGAAACCCAAUUCAGUGGAUUCAGGAUGUAGGAAGUGCCGCCAUGAAGCAGCUUUUUAGCAGGUAGGGAAGAUUACACGAAGGGUUUCGGGUUUGAAAUCUCCUGCAUGAACUGCCUCAGACUGAUGGCUCAGAAGCAACUAACUCAUUGUUUAUCAGAGACACAAGGAAAGUCAAAUCUCUAUUCCCGAAACUACCUAUGAUUUUUGAACUUG